GUAAAAUCUAAUGUUUAAUGACAAGAAGAACAGAAAUGGAAAUUAUAUUACAAGUAGGAAGUUCUAAAACUCUCUUAUUUAAAUGUGAAAAAUUACGAUGGAGUAAUCACAGCACAGUUUUUGCAAGUAAAUUCCGAAAUGUUAAUUCUAUACGGAAAAUAAAUAUUACAGAUAUAGAGGCAGAAACUUUUAUAGAUAUAUAUCAAUACGUUGAAUGUGGGAAAUUCAAUCCAGAAAACGCAAUAAAAGCUAUGGAUAUUUAUAUUGCAUCUACGAAAUAUGAGAUGAAUUCUUUAUCAAAAGAAUGUGAAAAAUACAUCUAUAAUACCCUUUCUUUAAGUAAUUUAUGUUAUAUUCACGAUCUAGCCAUUAAAAAUUGUUUAAUAGAAUUGAAAAAUAAAUGUAAAGAAAUGAUUACUAAAAAUGCUUCAGUAAUUUUGCAUGAUAAGAAUUUUCUAAAUGCCUCACCGCUUGUUAUGAAUGAAAUUUUGAAAAAUAACGAUAUGGUUGUUGCUGAGAGAGAUGUUUAUAGUUUUCUAAUCAACUGGGCAAAGUCAGAAAGCAAAAGAACGAAGAAAAGAUCCUCUCCGGGUAGUUUGCGAAGAGUAAUCGAUUCUUUUAUCAUACAUAUAAGAUUCCUCUCAAUGUCUCCUGAAGAUUUUAUCAGAGGACCUGGUUUAAGUAAAAUUUUAAAUCAUAAUGAAGCAUCUUCGAUUUUAAUGAAUAUUAUAAUUCCUAAUUGCUCAAGAUUACCUGUUUGGUGCAAUCGUGAAGAUAAAGAAAGAGGAACUUUUAGUAGAAGAAGAAGAAUUAAUUCAUGUAACAGUUAAAUAGUUAUGACUGUAUAUUCUAAGAUUAUGUACAGAAUUUCAAUUAAAAUUUUUUUAAAUUUUAUUUAAAAAAGUUAUUUGUGUAGAAUUACAAAACUGUAAAUAUUAUUAUA